GGACUCAACUCGCCGACGAGCAAAACUCCUUGAAAAAUGCAUGGUUCUUCUUGCGAGAGUUUUAAUACUCAUUCUUUCUCAUUCUCACCAUAACUCAAGUUAUUGUUCAAAAUGGCCCUCACGUACACGACGGUCUCACUUCAAGUCGAGGGCGUGAACCUCAACCUCUCAACAAUCUACAAACUUAAUGGCCGUCCUCCAAUCCUGUUCUUGCAUGGUUUUGGCUCAUGCAAAGAAGAUUUGGCCGACGUUAUUAUUAACCCAGCCCUGCAACAAUAUGGAUAUAUCGCCUUCGACGCACCAGGCUGCGGCCACUCCUCUAGUGACGAUUAUUCCGCCAUAGAUAUCGCAUUUCUUACUGCAACUGCAACUGCGGUCCUUGCACACUUCCGAAUAACCAAGUUUCACCUGAUGGGUCACUCGAUGGGCGGACUCACCGCGCUCCUUCUUGCGAAUCAACAACCCAACCAAGUCUUGAGCUUCGUGGAUAUUAAAGGCAAUCUCGCGCCAGAGGAUUGCUUUCUCAGCCGGCAAAUCUUUGAUUUUCCCUCCGAAGACCCGGAGGCAUUUUUUGAUACAUUCAUCGAUCGCACCCGGCAGACUAAGUCUUUCGCCAGUCCAUUGUACGCUAGUACUUUGCGCGCACGAGUAAAUGCUGAUGUUGUGCGUCCGAUCUUCGAAUCUAUGGUACAACUAUCCGACAAUGAGGACCUACUAGGAAUAUUCCUCGGGCUGCAGUGUCCUAAAAUGUUCAUGUUUGGGGAGGAGAACCGUGGGUUGUCGUACCUGGAUCGGUUGCAAGAGGGGGGCGUGGAGCUGGCGCUUAUUCCACAGAGCGGCCACUUUCCUAUGUAUUCGAACCCAGUUGAGAUGUGGCGCCGCAUUGCGAAAUUUCUGGAGAGAAUCAAUUAAAGGAGCUAUUGCGAUUGGAUAGAAUAGAAGUCUGGCGUAGAUCAGUGGUAGAAUGCCACCAUAUUCUUGCCGUUAUGUAUUAUGCUUGACACGCUAGAAGAUAUUUCAAAAAAUUCAAAGCAAGAGAAUUGUACUGGUA